AUGCCAGAGUGGUUGGUGAGUAUACUGGAGCGGAAUGAAGGCAUCUGCAAAGAAGGUAUUGUGCCGAUUUUGCAGCAGUUACUGGACCAAUGUUCCACGACUGAAUACGCCUAUGUGUGCAGCCCCUGCGUGACACAUAUUUCAAAGACGAGAAGAGAAGGAAGUUUCUGCGGCUACCGGAAUAUCCAGAUGCUCACUUCGUGGAUCAUCGCAUCGGGGGCGCAAGGCUCGAACCUGUUUGGCCCCAAGUUUCCUUCCAUCUUUCAAAUUCAGGACUUGAUAGAAAAUGCGUGGGAUAAUGGAUUCAACGUCCAGGGCAGAGUCGAGACGGGUGGCAUUAGGGGAACAAGGAAAUAUAUCGGCACACCAGAGGUAAGCAGCAGCAGCAAUGUUCUCGAAUUUGGGAAUUCCGUAAGAGUUUCCUUUUCGUUACAAUAUCGGAAGUGGUUCACUGAUAGGCAACACAGAUGCCCGCCUCAAGCUUUCAAAGAUGAAGAUUUCACAGUGGCUAGGAACCUGCUGUACGCGGCUAUUGAGCGGUAUUUCCAACAGGGGCUGCUGGAAGAAGACUCGAAAGUACAUGCAACUGUACUUCCGCCAAUAUACUUCCAACAUCGAGGCCACUCCAUGACCAUUAUCGGAUUCGAGAAGCAGACAAAUGGGAAGUCGAACCUCCUAGUCUUCGACCCUUCUUACCGAGAUCCCUCCGUUGUUUCCAACCUCGUAGGCAAACCCUUCAGACACCCGCCCGCCAAGGCGUCGGGCGUUCUCGAGUCCUACCGCCGAGGAAAUAAGUACCUCCGCCGGUUUGGCGAGUUUGAAAUUUUAUGGUAUGCCCGAUUAGACACCGGCCGAAGAUGUGAUUUGCAUGAAGACUAA